AGGCAUUUCUAGAUUCUGUUGUGAAAAGACAUCCGGCAGCGCCCUCCAGUGGUCUGAACGAGAGUAGCGCCUUACUUGUGUUUUAAAACUUUAAAAGUGAAAGAUCUUUUUUCACCAGCCCUGCAAUCCAAGAAAGUGGGAACUUUUACCAUUUACUCUUAAUGAAGACCUUCAUGUUUGAGUUUUUCUGUCAAAAAAUGGUAGUAGAAGGGCACAUGAGGCUAAAAGUGAAGCUGCUGCGAGUACUUCUCUCCUCUCGCGUCGACGUAUUAUAACCUCGACACAAUCAGGAAGUCCGGGCGUUUUUCCUCCGUGAUUCAGAUCGAAAACUUUGUUAGAAAGGGAAAGGGUCGGCUUUUAGCAAUUAGUUAUGAGGUGUCAUAUCUUUUAAGGGUCGCCGAUGAUUUAUUGAUGUCGUUUAUUACACUGUUUUAAACACGCAACUCACUAUUUAGGUCGUCGUUGUUCACCCGGAACACCUGGAUUUUGAUUUAAGAGAGAUGGAUGUUUCUCACCUCACUGAAGAAGAAAUGGCAGAGAUAAAGAAAGACGUGCUGACCAGACUGCGGCAUUACCUCUGUGACAAGAUCAGAGCAGACCGCCACCUGGACUACCUGCGUUCCCGGAGGAUCCUGACCCGGGACGAUGCGGAGGAGAUAAGCUGCCGGACCACGCAGACCAAGAGGACGGCAACGCUGCUGGACAUCCUGGCUGAGAACCCUCGGGGUCUGGACGCUCUGAUUGACUCCAUCCGGGAGAUGCGCUCCCAAAACUUCAUCAUCACUAAAAUCACAGACGAAGUGCAAAAAGCAAAAAACGAGAAGAUCGAGUCUCUCAGAGCUGCGGGGGCCUCCAGUUCGUCCUCUGACAGCAGCUUCAGCACUCUGACCACAACGACUGACCUCCCCAACACCUUUUCAAACAACUCCACCCUCCUGUUCCACCCAGACGGGGAGCGAAGCCCUUCCACUUCAGACCUAGCCAGCUCUCUCAACGUGUCUUCGUUACAGAAGUGCGGAGACUUGCCCUCCGUGGCCGGGGCCAGCCUCGGUGUGGCUCCCUCCUCGACCUCUUCCAGCCUCCCCAAGCCGGGGGACCCUGGGGCUCCUCCGCUGCCAGACGAGGUCUUGGCAGAGUCGCCCUCCAACAUAGACGCCACGUCGCCGGGGUGCACCAGCAGUGGGGGAGAUCCUAAUUUCCAGCCUCUCCGGUCGCGCUCGCUCACCCCAACAUCACACAUCCCUCAGUUCACUUCUCUGUAGGACACUUCUCAUCCAGGGACAGACCGUUUAACUCAAUAAGCACACCCAUUGUCUCUUCCUGUUACUCGUGCCUUUCAUUUGGCAGAACACGAAGUACGUGAAACUACAUGUUACCACUAGGCAUGGGCCGCUGUGAGGUUCUCAUCAUGCUACCUACUGAAACAUUUUGAAAUUUCUAACAUGAUCUAAGUACUUUGAAGUAGACAAAUAAUUUUACCAUCAUAUUGCUGCUAAAAUAAUGUAACGUUGAUGUUUUCUUCCUUGUGCUUUUGAUUUUAAUACAUACUCUUGGAUAGAAACGUAGAAUAAACACCUGCUAAAAUUAGAUGUAGUUUUCAAGUGCUUAUGUUACACCUUUUUGCAGUUUCCCCUUUUGUACGAGAGUGCAGUUUUUAAAUCAUUUUUACUGUAAAGAGUGAUUUCCCGCCAUGACCGGACAUGUUUUAUUGCCACUGAGACCAUCUAAGAGCUGGCAAAUCUGGCUUUUCUUGCACGCAGCCUUCCUUCUGCUAAAGGCAGUGAGCAGCAACAGGAGAGGGUGGGGAAACAAAUCACUGCACUCGUAGCCUGAGAAAACCUCAUGCACUCAAACACUUUGGUGCUAGAUUGAAAGGAUUUUGAAUUAAAGGAGAAGUCUGAUUACAAACUUUUGUCAUGUCUUGAUAGGAUUUCUUUAGCUCUCACACCUCACAAGGUUCCUACACAAUCUGAAAAAAAAUAUGCAUUUUGAUCUCAGUAUUUUCCAGGUCUAAAAAAAUUGUGG